ACGAGCUUAAUUUACAUUUACAAAGCUUAGCUGCUGAGCUGCACUUCUUCUUCUUCUUCUUCAUCUUCCACCUCCCUCCAUUAUUCCCAUUAUUCCCAUUAUCCUUGUCCUCUCUCUCUCUCUCUCUCUCUCUCUGCAACUCCCACGUUUCAAUUAUACCUUCUUCCUCUUCUUCUUUGAAUUUGAACAUUUUGUUUAAUUCACAUGGCACUUGAGACUUUGCUACUCAAGGUAAAGACAGCCAUAUCCCACAGCUUCGACGCUGUGCGGACCUCAACCCACCCGCACCCAAACAAACCCAUACGCAAAUCAAACGUCGGCGUUUUGGCCUUCGAGAUCGCCGGCCUCAUGUCCAAGCUCAUCCACCUCUGGCAGGCCCUCUCCGACAAGAACAUGAUCCGCCUCCACAACGACUCCAUCUCCCUCGAAGGUGUUCGCAAAAUUGUCUCAAACGACGACGCUUUCCUCCUCUCUCUCGCCUGCGCCGAGCUCGUCGAGAAUCUCCGCCUCCUCGCCACCGCCAUCUCCAGCCUAAGCACCAAAUGCCAGGACCCCAACCUUCGAGCCUUCCACCGCCUCUUCCUCGACUUCGCCGACUCGGGUCGCGAUCCGCACAAUUGGGUAAUCGGGUUUAAGGAAAUGGAUACUAAAAACGUCAAGAAACUCGAGAGGUACGUCACCGUGACGUCCACUCUGUACAGAGAGAUGGACGAGCUUUCUGUGCUCGAAAGCGGGCUGAGCAAAGCAUGGAAAUACAAUGAGUGCGAGACCAAUCAAUCGUCGUCUUCGAUGAGCAGCAAAGAGCAGAAGAUCGUCGAUCUCCAGCAGAAGAUCGUGUGGCAGAGGCAAGAGGUGAAGUAUUUAAAGGACAGAUCUUUGUGGAGCCGAAGCUUCGAUACGGUCACUUGGGUUCUUGCGAGGUCCAUUUUCACUGUUCUUGCGAGGACAAAGCUUGUUUUUGGCAUAGGACAAUGCCCGCCGUCGUCUUUGCCUCGCAGUCUUUCAGCUUCCGCAACCGUCUACCCAUCCGAUCAGACGACGUGUCGUUUCGUGUCCGGGCCAUUGAAGCCCGCAAAAUCUCAUCAUCAUCAAGAGAAUGUCAUUGAUAAUCUCAAAGAUUUGGAAAAUAUUGCGUUUUUCGAGUCCAACUCGAAGCUCCUAAAGCCUCCACCAAGUACUUUAGGCGCGGCGGCUUUGGCGCUUCACUACGCCAACUUGAUCAUAGUGAUGGAGAAGAUGAUCAAGUUUCCACAAAUGGUUGGUGUGGAUGCGAGGGACGAUUUAUAUUCGAUGCUACCGAGUAGCAUCCGAUCGUCGUUGAGGGCUCGAUUGAGAGGAGUUGGGUUUUCGGCGAGUGAUCCGGUGCUGGCCGGAGAGUGGAGGGAGGCUCUGGGGAGAAUCUUGGGGUGGUUGUCUCCAUUGGCACAUAAUAUGAUAAAGUGGCAAAGUGAGAGGAGCUUUGAGCAACAAAACUUGGUGCCUAAAACAAACGUCAUGCUUCUUCAAACUCUGUUUUUUGCAAACAAGGACAAGACUGAAGCUGCCAUAACUGAGCUGCUCGUGGGAUUGAAUUAUAUUUGCAGGUUUGAGAGGGAGAUGACCGCUAAGGCCCUGUUUGAAUGCAACAAUUCCAUUAAUGGGUUGCUCAAUUCGCAGAGUUCUAGCUAGCUAGCAAAUUAUUAAGCAGAAAGUACACCAGCAUACUCUUUUUUCUUUUUGGGGUUUUACGUGUAGUUUCUAUUUUGGAUUUCAAUUUUGGUUUCUGAAAGUUUUCAUCAUGGUUGAUUUUGAAUUGAGCUGAGAGUUUUAGAUCUUCGGGGUUUGUUUUGUAUCCAACCCUCGUUUGUACAUGUGAAAUAAAUAGAUACAUGUAAAUGAUUUGUUUCUCGAA